AUGAAUUCUGGCAUAAAAUGUCACUCAUCGUGUCUUGUCGCUUUCAAUGAUUUGAAAAUGAACAAAAGACAUCGUUAUGUUUUGUUUCACAUCGACGAAGGGGGAGAAGUCCGCAUUCUGAAAGAAGCUAAGAGAGAGGCAACGUACCAAAAUUUCAGAGAAGAUAUGAUUCAAGCAAUGGAAUUGAAAGAAGGUCGGUACGUUGUAUAUGAUUAUGAAUAUCCCAAUAAAUCUGCAGACUUGUUUUUUAUUAUGUGGACCCCGAAAAACUUGAGCACUAAAAAGAAUAUGGUGUAUGCGGCCUCGAAAUAUGCUGUAAAGUCUCAGUUCCAAGGAAUCAAACAUAUCUUGGAAGCACAUGACCUGGAAGAUAUAAGUGAGGAGCGUUUUAUUGAGGAGGGAAAACAGAAUAGGCUGAGCUAG